AUGCUAGCUGCUCUUACGCCUGUACUCGUCUUUAUCGCCUUUCUUCUCCUGCUCCUCGUCUCCCUAUCGGCACCCAUCAUCAAUACCGUAUUCCUCUUCCGGCUUUCUGCCAAUGUCAGCUCAAGCCUCUUUAGAAGCGGCGCGAGCGGCUCAGUCCAGUUCGGCGUUUGGGGAUAUUGCAUAUCCGCUAUAAAAGUCGCUGUCAUUGGGAUAAACCGAGCGACUGAUGGUCGGUGCUCGAGUACCCGUCUGGGGUACACCUUCGACAGCACAGUCGCUGACGCUCUGAACGCCGACGAGCUCCUGGAUCUAAUCUCCAAGACCACCACAGCGGCCCUCGUGCUCCACCCUAUCGCUUGUGGCUUCACCUUCCUGACUCUAUUGAUAUCGCUCUUUAUUCUCCGGCGCGGAUCAAAUGGCACGUCAAGGCUGCCCUCACUUAUCACCCUGGGCGUCGGAGGCCUAGCGGCUGUCCUCACCAGCGUGGUCUUCCUGAUUGACGUGAUCUUCGUCGCCGUCGUGCGCAACCGCGUUCGCGAUGCCUCGGAUGACAACCUUGAUGUGGUUUGGGGAAAUGCAGUCUGGAUGACAUUGGGGGCGACGGUCGCUUUAUGGCUCUCCCUAAUCGGCGCAUGUGCUGGUAUCCUCACAUGUGGGAGAAGAAGGAAACCUACCACCUACUGA